AUGUCUAACCUGAGGGCAGCCAAAUUAAAAUGGUAUCACAAAAACAGACAACAAAUUAAUCAAAAAAGAAGAGAACAAUAUCGGGAGUUAAUGAGUCAACAAAGUCAGCUUAAUUCUGUAGAUGAUGUUGAUAAUUUAAAUCAAUCGGAAUUUGAAGAUCGUGAUCAUAUGAACGAAGAGGAUUUGUACAAGACUAAUGAUACAGAUCAAUGUUCUCUCUUAUUCAAUCAUGAUAAUACAUUUUAUGAUACCUUGAUCAGCGAAACAUGUACGUCAGAUGAUGAAGAAAGUUUCGAUGAAAACGAAACAGAUGUGAUUGUUGAAGGAGAUGGGAAUGAUAAUGAAAAAAAAAAUGAAAUGUUCAAUGACCAAUUUCAACGAGAUUGUGAUGAGACAGAUAUAUCUGUUUGUUUAUUAACUUUAAAAACAAAGCAUAAUUUAACAUUUGAAUGUUUAAGCGAUAUUCGAAAAUUGCUAAUUGUAUUAAAAGUACAAAAUGUACCAUCAUCCAUCUAUCAUAUUCGUAAAUUAAUUAAUACAAAAGGUAGAUCAACACCACGUACAUUAUCUUCGACAGGAACGUCAUCAAUGAUCAUCUGUCAAAAAUGUGAACGUGUUUCAUUUUCAAAAACAAGUUGUUCACAUACUGAUUGUGAGAAUCACGAGAAAUAUACAACUAAUCCUUAUAAUUAUAUUUAUUUUGAUAUUUGUGAUCAAUUACAACAAAUAUUUCGUCGGGAACAACAUAUCAAUUUUUUUACACCAGAAAACAAACCUUUUAUCAAUACUUCUAUGCAUGAUAUAUACGAUGGUAAAGUUUAUCGUUCAUUGUUUAGUCAAGUCGAAACAAAUCAAACAAAUUAUAUAAUGACUUUAAUGAUGAAUGUUGACGGUGUUGCCAUCGGCAAUAAUACUGAGCAAUCAUUAUGGAUAAUUACCUGUGCAAUAAACGAAAUAAAAAGAAAACAACGAUUUAAAAUUCAGAACGUUGUUGUUGGUGGUAUUUGUUCUUGCUAUAAAAAACCCAGUCGUGCAAUCAUGCAGAUUUUACUGAAACCAAUUGUUAAUCAAUUAUUAUUACUUGAAGAACAACAUUUAUUUCAAAUCAAAGGAACCAAGAAUGAAUAUAAAUUGAUCCGUAUGUAUUUAAUUGGAGCGUGCAACGAUAAACCUGCCAACAGUUUAGUUCAAAAUGCACCGGAACCCAUUGCUAAAUAUGGCUGCUCUCGGUGUGAAUUAUGCGGCGAAACGGUGUUGUCAAAUUCAAAUGACGAGAUAGCACAGAAUAAAUCAUCGUCAACCGACAAAAAAUCAAGAAAACAUACACAUAAAAUUCGUGUUUUUCCGACGAAUGAAGACAAUCAAACUCAGUUACGUUCAACAGCACGAUGUCAAUUAAUCCUCAAUAAACUAUCAAAACUAAAACAUAAUAAACAAUGUUUAAAUGAUGAAAAAGAAUCAAAUUUACGAUUAGGCUAUUCUGGGAAAUGCAGUUUGACAGAUCUGACGUACUUUGAUCAUGGUUAUUCAUUCUUAAUGGACACGCUCCAUACAAUAUAUCAUGGAGCUUUUAAACGACUCAUGAAGCUAUGGUUUCACCAAAAAUAUCGGACGCCACAGUGGUCAAUUCGUAAACAUAUGAAUGAUAUUGAAACGGAUUUGCAGCGCUUUCGAUUUCCAUCAACAACGACAAGAGCACCGCGAAGCAUCAUGAAAUAUUAUCGAUUAAAAGCGAACGAAUCACGAGUUCUUCUAUUAAUAACAUAUCCGAUCUUUCAAAACUAUUUAAAGCCUAUAUAUUAUAAACAUUUACAAUUGUUAUCAUUUGCAUUACAUGUAGGUGAAUCAAGAGAGAUAACUUCGCCGAAACUCAAUGAAAUGAAAAUACUACUGGACAAAUUUGUUUAUACAUUUCAUUUUCUGUAUGGUAAACGUCAUACUGUUAACACAGUUCAUUCAGUGAUUCAUUUUCAUCAAACAGUCACGGACUAUGGUCCAUUAACCAAUUACAGCACCUUCAACUUUGAAUCUGUGAUCGGCCGUAUUGCAUCAACAGUUAAUGGAACAAAAAAUCUACCACGUGAAAUUGAAAAUAAUUUAGAAUUAAUUAAAAACUCGUCAUUUUUACUUGAUAUGUACUGUAUUUCAUCACGAUUAUAUCUAUUUAUAUCUGAUCUUCAAGAUUGCAAAUCAAACCCAUCAAUAGUAUCGAAUAAUUAUCAAGUACAAAAACCAACAUCAGUCAUCCAUGAUAACGACAAACAGGAGCUGUUGUUGAAAUUUGGUAAAGAAUUGUUGUUAUACAAUAAAUGUUUUAUAAAAGGUGGUAUGUUUACAACUUUACAUUAUUCAAAAUCGAAACAAUUUCAAGAUUGUGCCAUUCUAUAUAGGCGCGAAAAUGAACAUUAUUUCGGCAUUAUUAAUAAGAUUAUACUUAUACAAACAUCAAAUAAUUUAUUAUUUCAAGUUCUUCCUUUGUGUAACAAUAAAAAAAGAUCAAGUAUUGUUAAAUUUCAACACACAAAAAAUAUUGUGCGAUAA